AUGGUCUCUGCAACCGUUUCACCUGCUUCUCAACAGCAGCAGCAGCAGCAGCAGCAGCAACAACAACAAGCAGAAGAUGCCCCUCAGACCUCUUCAGAUAUACCACCCCACUUAUCUUCCAAAAUAUAUCCUCCAACAAGUACUCUAAGCAAAUUGGCAUCCUCGCUUAAACAACAAAGCGCUGUCAUUCUUGGGUCCAUGCCUCCUUCUCCAAGUACUCCAACAACACCAAGUACUACUGCUGCUGCUAAUGCCGUUCCAAAUCCAUCGACCUCCUCGGCAACUGGCUCUUCUACGUCCACAAUUACUAAUGUGGCCAUAAAUAUUACUACUACCGCCGCCGCCACCACUACUACCACUGCCACAGCACCAACCAUUCACCUUCCUACUACUACCUCUUUACAAACACCACAACACCAACUACUCCACCAGACUCGCAACUCUUCAAUCAUCUCCUUUUCCUCAAUCAAUGAAGUUAGACAACCUUCAAUUAUUUCAAAACCCCCAUCAGAAUACUCCCAAACAGCAGCAAUUCCAAUCGUGACUAGUCAACAAUCUGUCUCUUCUGAUAUCUUUGACUCUGCUCCAACUUCGGCGGCUUCUUCUUACGACGAAAAUAUUCUCUACAUGACUCCAUCUCCCACUAUUAAACCCCCCUCAGUUGCAAUCUCGGGACCUGCUAUUAAUAACGGAAAUAAUAAUAUUUCAUCCUCUCUUAAUAUUUCAAAGUCUAAUCUUAAUUCAAAAACUGCACCACUAUCUGCCAAUGGCAACAACAACAGUAACUCUCCCAGCAGAUCAAAUAGCAUAAUUAGCUCAUCUUCCGUUCUCCCGCAUAUAAUAACUUCAAAUCUCAACAAAAAUAAUAAUAAUAAUAGCUGUGCUAUCCUUUCCCCAUCUUCUUCAAGCGUUAAUCUCUCUACUCUUGACUCCCCCGGAUCUAGUACUAACCUGAAUCGCUUGACUUCCCCCACAUCUCACAUUAUUGAACAAGAUGAUGCUUCUUUUGCUGCUCGCAGAAAAUCAUCCGUUUCAUUCACUGAGCCCAAAGCCCAUGCUGAACGCGUUCGUUCUAUGAACCAGCUUCAUCAAAAUAUUGCCCAACAUCUCCAUCAUCAUCAUCAUCACCACCUCCUGCAUAAACCAGGCUCAAAAGUUUCUUUGGUCUCAAAUCCAAAUAGCGCUAGAAACUCUGUUGUGUUGUCUUCUUCCCCUGUGAGUGGGUCUGAAAAUGGCUCCACUCCUGCGUCACAACCAACAACAACAACAACAACAACAACAACACCGGCCAGCACGGCUGCUACUGCUGCUCUUCCUAAUACUGCUACUACUGGUGUUACUGCUGCUAGCACACAAACUUCACCGGUUACCCCAACUAUUACCGCGCCUAGUACCUCUUCCACUGCUGCUGCUUACUUAUCCCCCUCAAAAUCCAGCCCAACUACUGGUGCCGUUUCUGAUCAACCUUCUAUUGUUGCUGCUGCUGCUGCCACCUCCCCCACCACCACUACCACCACCACAACUGCACCAUCAUCAAAAUCGGUAUCCGUAUCGGCCAAUCGUCCUUUGUCUCUUCCUCCUCAGCCUUCCCCUUCUUCUUACGCUGCUUCUGUCGCAAGUUUCCGUAAUAAUUCAGCCUUCAAUAAACAAAAACCCUUACCGGAGCAAGCACCCGACCCCUUGGCUAAAUUCCAUAUUAAGCACUCCGAAACAACAACAAGCCCAAUCUCGGCUUCGGUUUCACCAGCUUCCACAUCUCCGAACCUGGACCCUAUUGGAAAUCACCCUUUAGACGACCAACAACAUGCACCCUUUAAACCAGUUAACAAGCUUCUCAGCAAUAUAUCAGACUCGUCUUACUGGGAAACAGCUCUCCGACGCGGAAGCCGCAUUGCCAUGGUUGUCCCCCCGCCUAUCUCGUCCUCAAAUAACUCCACAACCAGCUUGGCGCGCGCCCACUCUCCCAGCAUUUCUGGUCCCGUGCCGCAAGCAAAACCCUUACCACAGACACAACCACAAUCUCCCCUUCACUCGCAUAACAACGACUCUACUGAUAUCCCCACCGCUACUUCCUCCACUGCUACAUCUCCCAUGACUCCGUCUUCUAAUUCUACUCUGCCAGGCACCGUUUCAAGUCCUGCACUGCCUAAACAAUCCCAUUCACAUGCUGUGCCUCAUGCUGGCGAUGACGAAGAUGUGGAAAACCAUAGAAUCCACAUUCUUAUUGCUGUUACUGGCUCAGUGGCCACUAUAAAAAUCCCACUUAUCAUUUCCAAACUUCGCCAGAUUUACGGCAAGUACGCCGUGGUUCAGCUUAUAGUCACAAGCUCCGCUCAACAUUUUGUUAACACAGUUAAACUUCCCCAAGGUAUCAAGGUCUGGCAUGAUAGCGACGAGUGGUCUUCCAGAAGAGGCGCCGGUACAGAGCUCUCUGCUCAGUUACACGUACAGCUCCGACGCUGGGCAGAUAUUCUGCUGAUUGCUCCACUGUCUGCAAAUACCCUUGCAAAAAUGGCCAACGGUAUUUGUGACAAUUUGAUCACGUCGGUAUUUCGUGCUUGGAACCCCAAAACCCCUGUGGUUGUUGCACCCGCCAUGAAUACGCACAUGUACACAAACCCCAUGACGAAAAAACACUUGGAGAUUCUUCGCCAUGAUUAUCCUUAUGUGCACGUCCUGACCCCUGUUGAAAAGGUACUUGUGUGUGGCGAUAUUGGCAUGGGUGGUAUGCGUGAGUGGACCGAUGUUGUUGAUCACUUGGUGCGCCACCUGGGCGGGCCUCCAACUGGAGAAGAUGAAGAUGAAGAUAAGGAUGAAGACGAAAACGAAGAGGAAGAAAAGCGUAGGCGCAGUAGUAAGCAAAAGAAGAGACAAUCAGUGGAUGCAACAAAGACAAACGGUGAAGCUACAAAUAACGGCUACCGUGAUAGCCUUAUCAGCAUUAAGUCUAACGGCGGCAGCGGGUCUAACGGGGUUGGACUUGCUGGUGGGUUAGAAAAGUAUCCCGGAGCUUCUUCUACAGCUGUUGCUGAGGAGGAAAAUGAUGAUGACGACGAUAGCGAUAGUGAUAGCGAUAGUGAUAACUACAGUAGUGACGACGACGACGACGACGACGACGACGACGAUGAAGAUAAUGACGAUGAUACUGCAAAUCAGACUGGAGAUGAUAAGAUUCAUGUACACCAUCAUCAUCAUCAUCACCAUCACCAUCAUCACGGCAUUGAACUCCCUGGUAAGGGUGACUCGGCCUACUUGGACGUUCCCACAAGCAAUCCUCGAAUCAAACCUCAGCUCAACCGUUCCAAUACCUCUGAGUUAUAA